GAGAGUGCGUCAUGGCGCCUGCCUUGUUUGUAGCACGUGGAUGCUUUCUCUGGUAGCGGCUGACAGCAGGACGUGAAAAUGAAGAACAAGCCAGUGAAACACAAGCGUGAAAACACGUUCAGGUUCCAGACAUUCUCGGAAAGACUCUCGUCCAUCAAUGUGGACGUGAUCCACCGAGUGGCCCUGAGGAGGGGAAACACGCCGUUCGAGAGCGAGACCUUCUUCGAGGAGGCACUGAACAAGUGGGCAGAGCUGAACUGUACCCAAGAUUUCGACAAGUUGCGUUAUGACAUCGGAGGGGACAUUCACACCCUGCCGCAGAUUGUGCUGCGGAAGGAAGCGAUUGUGGACAUUCUCAAGCAGAACCUGGCCAACCUGGACAACAGGGCCCUGGAUGCCGUGCUUGAGCUCACGGUUGCACUGGCGCGGGACCUGCAGAGGGACUUCUACGUCUACUUCCCGGACGUCCUGCGCCUGGUGUGCGGCCACCUGGCGACGCAGGACACGGACAUCCUCGAGCGUCUCUUCGUCUGCCUGGCGUACCUCUUCAAGUUCCUCUGGCGCUACAUGGUCGAGGACAUCGACGCUGUCUUUGGGCUGUACGUUCCCCUGCUGGGAAGCCAACAGAAGAAGUAUGUUAGAGACUUUGCGUCGGAGAGCUUUGGCUUCCUGCUCCGAAAGGUGCCGGACAAGCAGAAGCUUGUGGAUAUGAUGUUGAAACGCCUGGAGACAGACCCCCAGUACGCCGACGGCGUUGGUCGCCUGCUCUACGAGGCGGUCAAGGGAGUGAAGGGACAGACGCACAGCUGCAUGGCUGCGGUGCUUUCGCCGGCGUUGCGUCGUCUGGACGGUUCUGUGGGCAGCGUGGACGUGAAUCGGCAGGUCCUCCGCAUGACCUUUACCUCCCUGGCCGGUCACCUCUGCGGGCAGCCCCCCAGCUCGUCGGCACCCGUCUGGCAGUGCCUCCUGGAUGCAGUGACCAAGAGCGUGGGUCGGCUCAGAGAGGGCGGUGACAGGACGCACCUCGAGAACCUGGUGGCAACAGUGCGGGUCUGGGUGGAUUUCAAGGACGGAGUCCUGGUUAGGGGAAGCACCGUCGUGCCCCAGAUCCUGGAAGUUGCGUCAGGCGUUGGCGACGUCUCUGCGGCCCUGACGACGAACUUGUUUGGGUGUGUGGCCGCCCUCCUCAAGGCUUGCGGCGUUGCCAUGGCGACGAGCAACACCGUCUGCAACCUUGUGGCAAAGGUGUUCUCGGGAGACUUUCCGUCGGCUGCCGUGUUCGACUUCACGCUGGACGUGCUCGACUACUCCCUGUUUGAGAAGGUGGUCCUCGCUCCGCUGGUGCGAUACGCGGCUCAACUGGAGGACGAGUCAGAUGCUCUGGCACUGCUGACCGAGGUGGUCCUGCGGAGGCGACCCGUGGACCUCGCGCGGCCGGGGGGUUCCGGCAGCCGGCCGCUGUUUGACACCGGGUGUAGUGCGGUGGUCACUCUCUCGCGGGUGGUUGCGAGGAUGCUGUCCCUGGACGUGGCAGGCUCCCUGGAACGUGUCUGGGCCGGCCUCGUCUGCCUGCCACACUUUGCGUCCCUCGUCGGUGAUGACGAGCUGGAGAAGGCGUUGCCACCGUUGAUCUCUGCCCUACACGACCGCCUGACGAUCGGACCGCCCAGACCCCUCUCCCUCGUCCUGGUCCAGGCGAUGUCGUCUGCCGUGCUCUGCAACCUCGGCGGCGUCCUCACCUCCUGCCUCGGCUGCCAAGACUUCGUGGAGCUGCUCAGCCUACAUCCGGACGACCUGAACGUCCUGAGAGCAACCACUGUCUACCUGCACCACCUCAAGGACACGGGCGGUCUGGAAGACCAGCUACAGAAGCUUCUGGCAGACUUCUACAGACCCCUGGAGCUCAACCUGACAUCGCCUUAUGCCCAGGUGAGGUUCCUGACCCUGCAGAUCCUGUCCUGUCUGGGCACAGCCGACGUCGGUGCAGAUGAAAAGCGCGGGGAGCUGGAGUCGGCGUCGUACGUGUUUGACCUGUGCCUGCGCGCCGAAGAGGUGCCGCUCACGGUUCAGCACUACCGGGAAAAGCUGAAGCACCUGGCUAAGCUGAAUGCCGAACAGCUGACGGCAUCCGGAGUCUCCCUGGAACGCUACUCCAUGGCACCAGUGCUGUACCUGCUGGGCACACUGCUGGUGAACUUCCAAGUGCUGUGGAAGCCCGUCCAGGAGAUCCUGUCCAGCCACGCCUCGGCCGACGGACCUUUUUGGAGCACGUUUGUUGGCCACCUCACCCGGGUUUACGACCGCAUAGAGAGUCCAGUUGUUCCCGAGGCCAACCUGGAGAGCGGGAGCAACUCGAGACUCCUGGGAGUCCUGGAAGAUGCUGUGGAGUCCUCAACGUCCCCCACGGACCAUCCGGACUACGUGAACCACCGUCACCUGCUCUGGGAGGCGGCUGGGCUGUUUGCGGGCGUGGCCGAACGUCGCAACAAGGACGUCGUGGCGCUCUUCUACCGCUUUCUCGAGCGGGAGUUCUGGCCGAACACGCAGACGGCGCCUUACCACAGCAUCCUGAAAGCAGACGACAGUGUGGCUCUGCCUGCCAAAGCGGAAGAGAUGCCGGAGAAGGACGCGGACGAAGCCAGUGUCUUCAUUGUUGAAGAGGAGGACGAAAAUGCUGCCAACGAGGUGGCUGAGGCUGAGCAGCGGAAGAACGCCAACCGCGCCGCUCCCAAGGUCAAGCUCAAGUUGGUGAGGAGCUUGUGUGAUCACCUGGGAGUGCUUGCCAAGUUCACCAAUCCCAAGGCGAUCACCAAGAGUGAGCGGCUCUACCAGACGCACCUGGACCUGCUGACGUUCCGAGACUCCCAGGUGCAGAAGCUGGCCUUUGCCUGCGUCGUGUCCUACGGCCACAAGUUCCUAAUGCCUUACAGGGAGAACUUUGAGCGGUUGCUGGACGACGGCAGCUUCCGGUCGGAGCUGGUGCUGUUCAACGUGGACGACGGGGAGGAAGGGGCAGUCCAUUCCGACCACCGUCCAGAGGUUGUCCCAGUCCUCCUCAGGAUCCUGUACGGCAAGAUGCACACGCGGUCUGGCUCGGCCACCGGAGGAAAGGGCAGCUUCAGCGCUCGUCAGGGGGCCGUGCUCCGCUUCCUGGCCAACUGCCGCCAGGACGAGCUUGUUUCGUUCCUCCACCUCGAAGUGGCCACCCUCCGGGAGUACCUGGAAGAGGACAUCUCAGCAAUGGUGGCAAAGAUACAGGCAACCCUGGAUUUGGCCAAGGUCGUGCCCAUACGGCGUCUGCACGGGACACUUGGCACGGUGGAGAACGUGCUGCGCCACCUGGGUGCCCUGAGCCCCGGCCUACUGCCCACACUCCUCAAGCUGACGGUGGCGGUGACCACGUACGCCAGCGCCAUCUUGGGCCACAAGGAGAAGGUGGUGCGGCCGCUGGUGGCAGCCACGCGGGCGCUCAGGGCCCAGGGAGUCAAGAUGCUCACGCAGUUCUUCGAGAAGUUCGACACCUACGAAUUCACUCCGGCAGAAAUCGAUGCGGUCUUCGAGUCGGCAGUCUGGCCUCUGCUGCCCAUUGUAGAAGAGCUGGGGGGAAGACAGUUGCCGACGCCACUGCUCAAGUUCUUCCUCGCCCUAAGCCGCAACCCGAGGUACUUUGUGCUGUUCAGCAAGUUCAACAAGGACGACCCCGGCACGUCGGCCCUGCCGCUGAUCGUGGCUCUGAUGGGCAACUCUAAAGUGUCGCCCGCGAUCGUCAAGACGCUCCUGACCAUCGUGGACAACCUGCUCACGUCGACUGAGGAGGAGGAGGCGGAUAAUACGGAGGAAGGUGCCAAACCCAUCAAGGCGCUGACCGUGAACUGCUGCUUCGAUGUUUUGGCCAGGCACUCGACGGCACCUGCUUCGGGGACGCUGAGCUACGGCACUCUCCUAAUCCUGCCGUACGUGCCGCACAUACUCAAGAGGCUGAGGCUGGUGAUCGAGGCGGCGUUGCGCACCCACAAGCCGGUGUCGGCGGUCGAGAUGAACAUCCUUUCCAGGAUAAGCGAGCAUUUGACGGAUCCGACCCAGUGCUCGGAGCUGGCUCGCCUGUUCCUGGCGGGUUUCAAGAAGCUCCACAGCCCGGCCCCCGAGGCGGAGCAGCAGAAGCUCACGACAGUGCUGAAUUUGACAAGGACGGCGGAGAAUCCAGAGAGGCUGCUGGGGUUUGCCGCUCCUCUGUUUGCAAGCCUGGGCAACCGCCACUCGAGGCGCCUGCUCUGCGAAAUUUACUCGGUGAUCGCUGAGCGCGUUCCUCGCUACGCAGAGCUGGCUGCUUUUGUCAACAAGGUGAACUCGUGGAACCGGCGCUUUGCGGAAGAGCCUGACUACCAGACGCGGCUGGAAGGGUUCAGGAUGGCCGCGGCACUGCUGAGCAAGUACAAGGAGGCGCCCGACGUGCCUCUGGUGCUGAGCGUCGUCUACAACUGCACUUUUACCAUCCGCGCGGUGAACGACUUGGCGGUGCGAGAUGCGGCGUCCCUGGCGCUCUCAGACGCCAUGCCUGUCUUUGCGGCGUGGCUCUCGGAAGAUGCAGCGGCGUACAAGGCGUGCGUGUCGGAGGCCCUCGUGCGUGAGAUCAAGCGGGGACUUCGCUCCAAGGACGAGCCGAGCAGGCACGAGUUUGUACGUGUGCUGUCUCAACUGCUUCGCCACUGCGGACAGCACCCGUCGCUGAGCGGGCUGGCCAAGCUGUGCUGCCAGGAGGACGCCGAGCUGGACUUCUGGGACAACCUCUGCCACAUUCAGAUGCACCGCCGGUGCCGCGCCCUGACCCGCUUGGCGGCGUCGCUGCGGACGGGGCAGCUGAACGACCUGGGCGCUGCGUCGCUGACGGACGUCCUCCUGCCGCUAACGACGUGCUUCGUGCUGAACCCGUCCUACGCCAAGCAGAAUGCCCUGGUGGACGCGGCCAUCGACCUGAUCGGGGCGGUGAGCGGGCGCCUGCCGUGGCGCCCCUACGAGGCAUUGCUGUCACGCUACCUCCAGCAGUUGCAGCGAGACACCGAGCACCACAAGAUGGCGGUGAGGCUAGUGGUGGCCAUUCUGGAGGCCUUCCACUUUGACCUCAGCAAGUCGCAAGGCGUUCGAGGAGCGCCCAUCAAGCCUGUCAAAGCUGGGCUUCCCGGAAAGCCGUGCCAAGCCGACAGCGGGACUGGAGUAGCAGUCGGGGAACCAGCCGAAGCCGUUGAUGCCGAAGCCGGUGAUGCCGAAGCCGGUGAUGCCGAGGCCGAUGAUGCCGAAGCCAGUAAUGCUGAAGCCGCUGAUGCUGAAGCGGAGGAUGGGAUCAAGGAUUCAGAAGACCCUGGGAAAGCAAAACAAGCUGUCGCAGAAGAAGAGGAGGAGAAGGAGCAGGCCCAGGCCACUGCCAUCCACACUGCCAUAGCCAAUCGGCUCCUGCCCAGACUGCACAGGGUUCUGGCUCAAAAGGCCCGGUCGGACGAUGAGCACCGGGCAGCCAAGAGCGCCUACCCAGAGGACACAGAGAUCCUGCGCAUCCCCAUUGCGGUGGCCAUGGUGAAGCUGCUCCAGGCGCUGCCAGGGAACACGCUCCAGAGGCACCUGCCCAGCGUCCUGCUGAGAAUCUGCGAGUUCCUCAAGUCCCGGUCGGGGGAUAUCCGCGAGGCGGCGCGUGGGACCCUGACCAAGGUGAUGGCCCUCCUGGGGGCCCCCUACAUGGGCUACCUGCUCAGAGAGAUGAAGGGCCUCCUCAAGAGGGGAUACCAGGUGCACGUCCUGACGUACACGACCCACGCGGUGCUGGAUUCUCUCUCCGCCACCCUCAAACCCGGCGACCUCGACUCCUGCGCACAAGACAUCGUUGAGGUGUGCCAGACGGAGCUCUUCACAGACGUGGCAGAGGAAAAGGAGGUGGCCCAGAUCGGAGCCAAGGUGAAGGAGGCCAAGGCCACCAAGAGUUUCCGCAUCUACCAGCUGCUGGGGGCACUGGCCUCGCAGGACAGCCUUCCCGGUCUGACCGGCCCGCUGUGCGAGGUACUGCUCUCUGCGACCAGCCACAGGACGGUGCGCAAGUGCGAGGACUGCCUGCAGCACCUGGUCCUGGGGUUGUCCUCCAACGAGGGGCUGCCCGUCUGCCCCCUGCUGGUGCACGUGCACCGCCUGGUUGCGGACAACUGCGCCCAGCUGAGCACCAGCCCAGGGGAGAAACCGGCACCUCCCAAGCUGCUUGCGGAGCGCGAGGACGUGUUCCUGAUUCCCCGAGAACCGUCGCGCGACGGGCUGCCCGUGCGCACCAGCAAGAAGACCAACGCCCACGUCUUGGUUGAGUUUGGACUCAAGCUGCUGCAGGCGGCACUGAAGCGGGAGCGUGUGUCGGCCUCCGACAAGGGCCACCUGGAGAUGCUGGACCCCUUCGUGCCUCUCCUGACGCAGCUGGUCGACUCAUCCUACGUCAAGGUGGUGACCACGUCGCUGCGGUGCUUUGUGCGCCUGCUGCGCAUGCCCCUGCCCUCGCUGAGCUCACACGUGCAGCGCCUGGGACGCUCUCUCUUUGUGCUCCUACACAGGCACACGGGGGCCAGCAUGAAGCAGGGCGAGAACAUGGAGCUGCUCACGCUCGCCUUCAAGGUGGUGACGGUGCUGGUGAAGGAGGCAUCGCUCUUCCCGAUGGAGAAGCCCCAGCUGCUGGUUCUGCUCAGCUACGUGGAGCGAGACAUCCAUGACAACUCCCGCCAGAGCGUCGCCUUCGCCCUGCUCAAGGCGGUGCUGCUCCGUCGAGUGGAGGCGGAGGAGGUUCACGAGCUGAUGCAGAAGGUGGCCACCAUGAGCAUAGCAGACGAGCGGGCGCACGUGCGCGCCCAGUGCCGAGAGGCCUACCUGCAGUACGUGCUGGACUACCCGAUGAAGCGGCGCAUGAAGAACGUGGUGGGCUUCUUCACGGCCCAGCUGGAGUACCCACUGGAGAGCGGGCGCCUGUCCGCCCUCGAGAUGCUCCACGCCUACUCCGCCAAGUUUCCCCAGAAGACGCUGCAACACUACUCUGGCACCCUGUUUGUGUCAGUGGCGGCUCGCCUGGUGAACGACCCCUCGUCCAGCGUGCGCCGCGUGGCGGCCGCUGCGGUGCGCGGCCUCCUCGAGAAGCUGGAUGACAACGGACGGACUUCCCUGUUCUCGGUGGCCCUGGCGUGGUGUGGGGAAAAAAUGCUCGCAACGCGACGCCUGGCGGCGCAAGUAAUCGGCCUGUUUGCGGAAGUGGAGAAGGACAAGUUUGCCCGGCACCUGCCGGCCCUGCUGCCCGUCCUGGUGGAGCAGAUGCAUCCGGACCGCUUUCAGGAGAGUGCCGUGGCAGACGUGGAGCGGACCAAGGACCACAUGGCCUACCUGUACCUGGUGUCCCUAUCCAAGGUGGCCAUGGCCUGCCCCCUGGCCAGAGACGCCGGCUCCCAGGAACACUUGGGCACGCUCUGCGACUACGCUCUGGAGUUCCUGCUCCACCCGCACACGUGGGUGAGGCUGGCCGCGGCCCAGCUGUACGGGGCCCUCUUCGCGGCCUACAGCCCCGAGGAAGUGGCCGAGGCGUGCCGCGAGGAUGCGUCCCCGUCGGCUCCGGAGUACCUCCUACAGGGAACCGCUGCCAAGGUGCGUCGGCUAAUGGAAAGCUUCUGCAGCCAGAUUCAGGCCUCCGAGGUUUCUAACGAGCUGGCCGAGCAGGUGGUUCGCAAUUUGGUCUUCCUGACCAAGGUGUGCGUGCGGGUGUCACGGAUGGGGGCGGAGCACAGCGGCAGGCUACCCACCGUGGACUGGGUGCUGCGAAAGAUGGCCAAGGAAACGCAGCUCGAGGUCUCCAACAACCCACGGAGCACCGUCAAGCGGAGCCACGUGUUCAAGUUCCUGGCGGCCGUGGCCUUGGAUCUCCAAAGGGACGAGCUGAAGGCACGCCUGGAGACCAUCCUGCGUCCGGUGUGCAGGGAGCUGGAGGACCGGUCACCCAGUCACAGUGAGGAGAUGAAGACGCUGGCCCACGAGGUGUCCUCGGUGCUCAAGAAGGCGGCCGGGGUCGAGGCCCUGGGCUCGGCCCUGGUCGCGGUGCAGGCCGAACUCUCGGGGAAAAAGUUCCAGCGCAAGAGGACCAAGGCCCACGAGGCGGUGAGCAACCCGGAGGUGAAUGCGAGGAAGAAGAUGAAGCGGCAGCUGACAAAGAAGGAGGCCCUCAAGCGCCGGCUGUCCAUCAGGGUCGGGAAGAAGCCCAAGAAGAGAAGAAAGCUCGCCUGAGCUCGUCCCCUAGUCUGUACAUACCAUUAAAAUGGAAUAUUGACAGUUUA